UGCGCGGCGCCUUUAAACUCCGCGGCGCGAUCGCUGCGCGGCCGGAGGCGCCGCGGCGAGGACCCGGCCCGGCCCGGCCCGGACUCCUGGCCCCGUGACACGCUGCCCGGUGGGGGCCCCCUUGCCGGUGGGGGCCCCGUUCCCCCCAGGGCUGCCCCCCCUGCCCCACUCUGCGGCCGCAGCAUGGACAGCUUCCAGCUGCAGGACUUCGUGGCCGGCUGGGUGGGAGGAGCUGCCAGCGUGGUUGUGGGCCACCCCCUGGACACGAUCAAGACUCGUUUGCAAGCUGGACAAGGAUAUGGAAAUACACUCAACUGUGUUCUCACCAUGUACAGAAAUGAGUCUGUGGCUGGCUUCUUCAAAGGCAUGUCCUUCCCGCUGGCCAGCGUCUCUGUCUCCAGCUCUGUGGUGUUUGGUGUCUUCAGCAACACGCAACGGCUCCUCAGCCAGCUCCGCUAUGGAGACCCAACUCGCACACCGGCGCUCGUCGAUAUGGCUCUGGCCAGCAUGGUGGCAGGGUUCGUCUCUGUGGGUAUUUGCACUCCCAUCGACCUGGUAAAGAUAAGGCUACAGAUGCAAACACAGCCAUACACUGAAGCAAACGUUACACUAAAGCCCACAGUUCCUGGAUUACCUGUGUACCGAGGCCCAAUUCACUGCUUUUGGACAGUGCUACAGAAAGAGGGGAUAGUGGGAAUCUACCGAGGUGUAGUAGCAACGCUUCUGAGGGAUAUUCCUGGCUAUUGCCUCUAUUUCAUCCCUUACACAUUUUUCUGUGGAUGGAUUACCCCUGAUGGAUGUAUUUCCCCAAAUCCCUCCUCCAUCUGGCUGGCAGGGGGUGUAGCAGGCGCCAUUUCCUGGGGGACUGCUACUCCAAUGGAUGUUGUGAAAAGUCGACUUCAGGCGGAUGGAGUUUAUUUAAACAAGUACAAAGGGACCCUAGACUGUAUCUUGCAGAGCUACCAAAAUGAGGGCUUAAAAUGUUGUUGCCAAGAAGACCUUAAAGUAUCCUACUUUCCUGGGCCAGAUCAGCAGUGUGGUGCUGGUGAGGACUCAGCUGCUCUGACUGAAGACUCCCGUCACGCACCUAUGGCAUCUGCAUUAUCUUCUGCCACAGACUUACCCCCUGGAGGACUUUGAAAACUGCACCAGCUAAGUUAAAUCUGAAGACAAUUUUCUGAUCAAAUCUUUCACUCUGUUGACUCAGAGCACUUAAUAAUUCCCAUGUUGGUGUUGGGCUUUUUCACUGAUGACUUUUUUCCCGUUUGCAUUUUUCCUGUUGACCAGAGAAAACAACAUACUUCCUUUAUCCAUAAGAGUAAGAUAUGCCAACAGCAGCCAGACAACAGCUGAAGGAGCAGUUUUCGUACAACACUGCAUAUAAUGCUCAUCUUUGUUAUGAACAAGGAAACAGAGAGGUGCGAUGCACAUGCUGUUCAUAUAGGAAGGUCUGGAUUCCCAACAGAUCCUAGCUUGUUUUCAGGAUCAAAGAAAUGGAUGACCCCACCUGUAUGAACAAAUGCCACAGAACUCUUCACUUUCAUUCAGUUAAUUCAGGAACGAUUAUGAUGUAAAGGGCUUCAACAUUUUCAGUUUGUUGUUUGUCCAAGAUACAAAUUAACCUGGGAAACAGGAGGACAUUAAAUUCAGAGACUAAGCUGCUCUUUUUCUUCAGAAAACAAUAAAAUAAGUCCAUGUUUCAUAUAGAUGGCUGCCUAUUAAUUUACAUAACUUGCCAUGUGCAGCCCUCCAUGUAUGUGCUAGAGGGAUCUCGUUAGACCAUCUCAUUUCCCUGACAGUCCAGCUUGCCAGCUGCCAAAUCCUGCAGAUAUCACUUUGCAGUUUUGAGACACCACCAGCAAAGGAAGUCUCUUCAAAGGAUGCAGAGUUUAUCCCAACCUAUUAUCUAAAAUACAUGGGCCAGCUUUAGACCUCCAGCUCUUUGCUGCAAUCCCACUGAGACAACUGGGGCACACUCAGGUCUCUCUUUGGUCUACCUCAACCUUUCAGUUAUUCCAAGAUCUUUUACAUCAUGUUUCUUUCUGUGUAUGCUGUUAAAUGUCUCCAUGCUUUAUUUUCAAAGCCUGCAGCUUCUGAUGCCAAAACCCAAGAAGAACCAGCUCUGCUGGGACAAGAGGACUCUGGUGGCACUGGCAGGAGAGGCUGAGGGGUAACAGCCUCGCACACAGAGUGACACGCAGCAUCGGGGAGCAGUAUGGGACAGCACUGUCCUCUGGGAGAUGUAUGGUUCCCCUCAUCUUCCUCUGAAAAAGAAGAGCUCUGGGGUAAAAAGCCCAGCAAUAGCAGAUUUAGCAGAAUCCCUCAAUAAACAUUUCUGAAGACAACCGGGUGCAGUGAUCCAGCUUUCCUCCAUAAAAGGAGAAGGAAAGAGAAACUCAUUAGGUCCUCUUCCCUGUAUGAACGGAGGAAUUUGUGAUAAGCCUUAAAGACCUCAGCAGAAAGUGCCUAAAACCUCAAGUCUGGAGCAGUACUCAGAAAUGGGGUCCCUAACCUUGGCCUCCUCUUCACUGGGGCCCAAACUAAAAACAGAAGUGUGGCUUCCCCCCAAAGCAGACUGAAAAAGUGGGAGAAACAGCUGUUGUUGCUUCAUCUCAGGACUUGCAGGCGAGGAAGCUCACGCUGCCUUUGAGCUUGGCAAGUACACAAGGCGCUGUCUUUAAUAAACAAUACAAAUAAAAUUGAUGAGCCUUCACACAAGUAUUUGUUGUCGGCUGCAUUUAAGGAUUCAUCCUUUCCAUGUUACGUGUUCUAAUGUGUAUACUAAAACAAGUUCUUUAGAUGCAUAAUGUGAUAUGUCUCCAGGGAUGAUACUCAGGGAGACUGGUGAAAAUAAAUGGUGUUGCUUAUCUGUCUGCAUUAUGUAAAAUGGACCAUGGAUUAAUUAAGCUGAUGAGGUUUGCAACAAGCCAUGUAUCUGAAUAAUCUGUCCUCACAAUGUUCAGGUUUGGUGUGUUGAGUGUCCCCCUUGGAGUAAAGCCCCGA